AUGAGCGUCGAGGAUCAUCGGUCACGGCGGCGCGCGAUUGUGCGCGUGAUUGUGCGCGCGACAAACGAGGAGAGGAUCUACGGGGAGUCGACCGGGGAGGUGAGCGCAGUCCAGCGCUCAGGGCGGCGACCGUCGCGCCGUGCCAGCCGCGAUCAACUGCACGCUCAGCUCUCUGCUGCGAGAGAAGAGCUGCGACAGGUACGUCAAGACCAUCAGCACACGCGAACUCAGCUUGGAGUCGUUCAGGCCGAGCUCGACCACGCCCGAGGCAUGCUCCAGAUUCAACGCGAGUCUCACGAAGCGGCACAAGCUGAACAUGCUUUUGUUCUCGACGUGAUAAAAGAUCGACUACGCGCAGUUGAGAAAGAGUCCCAGGAAGCACACGACCAUUUUACCACAGCGCAGAAGCUACUCGGCAUAGAGCAGCACCACAACCAGCUAAUGCUCGGGCAUCUAGAAAUGGCUCAGACCAAUCUCUUCCUGCCGUUAGGGCUGGGUACCAGACGUGCGUGGCCUGUCCUCGGCGAUGGCCCCAGGAACGUCACUCGCCCCAGUGGUCUAAUAUGCGCUGCACCGCUAGCGAUAAUGUCUGCCGAAGAGAGUGGUGAUACUUUGGCUCUGUGA